UUUACAAACAACUUAGUUAUCGCAUAUUCUAUAAAUUCAAACGCUCGAAUAAAUGCUUCAAGUCACACUGAUAAACAUUAAGAACUAAUAACCUAAUAAUAUAGCUAUCAAGCAAGAUAUCUGUCACAAUACACAAUGUCGUCGAGGAGCAAUGAGUCCCUGAGCGAUAUAAAGUCCCUUGUGGGCAGGAUGAUCUUAAUGCAAGUCACCGAACACCUUUUCCUGAGUGCGCAGCAGUUGCUGGAUUCCGAGGUCAGCAUAGAAGAACGUGUCCGCAGACUGGAGGUCCUCCACAGCCAGAUGAAGUGGUUCAACUCCGAGCGUACACGUAUCCUGGACCAGUUGCAGGUGAAAAUAUUCACUCAGAUUUCGGUGGAGCAGCGCAUGGCGAUGGAUACGAGCCGGCAUGUGUACGAGCUGCGCGAGGGACUCAACGGACUCAACUUGAGGCUGAACAGUAUGCAAGAGGACAUCAACUGUCCCAUCUGCCUUUCACCAUGGACUUCUCAUGGCACACACCGCGUGGUCUCACUGCGAUGUGGACACCUGUUCGGGAAUAACUGCAUAAGAAUCGCCAUCCGCAGAUCCCAUCGGUGUCCGAUCUGCAGGCGUAGGGCUCUACACGGUGAUGUGCGCAGGAUCUUCAGUCGACGAUUAAUCCAGUAACACCAGAAAGCAUUGCGUUCUAUUUCAAUGAUUACCGUUCCCGCUUGCUGCACUUGUGUAGGAAUCUAUUAGGAAGUAGGAAUAUCUAUUCGCAGAAUAUUUUCAA